UGAAGUGCAGUCAGAGUUAGUCGUCGGGGGUUUCGUGGUGCUAGUGGUGAUGGUAGUAACCACUCGUUUUGUGUCGUCGUACAUACGUCCGAACCCCUUGUUGUCUACUUCUCGGUAUUUGUUAGACGUUGGAGUUGCGUUGAGUUGACGUGGACUGAGCUGUGUGGAUUUGCGUCGUCGUCGUUGUAGACGAAGAAAAAAGAAGAAAUCGUCGCGAUAGUGGUGGAGCCGUCUCACGAAGUGGAAGUUGCUGCGCAUCAUCAAUAUGCUUGCGUUCGUUGCCUACGUCAGCCUGUUAGGGUCGGUAUCCGCAGGAGGCAUUGGAGGUUUCCGAAUUCUCGGGGGCGGUGGUAUCGGUGGACAUCUGACUGGAGGUCAUGGUCCAAUAACUCACGGGCAGCCUAUUAUUAUCAAAAACAGUUACAGUGGAGGUCUUGGCACGAGUCAUGCAGGCGGCCCGUUCCUGCUUAAGAGUGGGCUUCAUGGAGGAGAUAUUGGUGGGCACGGUGGGGCGCCUAUCUUCUUCAAAGGCGGUACUGGCAACGGACACGGGCCAGCAAAAAUUAGCCAAGGACCACCGAUUAUUCUAAGUGGCAAGGGCCAUGGCGGGAUUCUAGGAGGCAGUGGGCACGGGCCGAUUAUUCAGGGUCCUCCUAUUAUCGUUAAGGGUGGACAUAUUGGAGGAGGAAUCAAUCACGGGCCUCCUAUCCAGAUAGCACCGCUAAGUCUAAAAGGUGGACACGGAGUAGGCGUUGGCGGCAUUGGUCAAGGAACCAUAAUUCAGGGCCCACCCAUUAUACUGAAGGGACCCAUUGGAGGCAUCGGUGGCCAUGGAGCACCAAUCAUCAAAGGGUCCCCUGUCAUCCAGGGCCCUCCGAUUAUCGUCAAGAGCGGACACGGAAGUAUUGGUGGUGGAAUCGUCAAAGGAACUCCAGUUUUGCCAAAAGGCGGUCACCUGAGCGGUGGAGCUAUUGGAGCUGGCCAUGAACAGCACGCAGUCUCAGGCCCAUCCUAUCUUAUCACAACAGUGCACCACGUUCAAAAGGUUUCAUCAGGAGGAAAACUUAUCGCAUCUUUUGGAGGUCACGGAAAAGCUCUUGGAACGAUUGCAAACCCCUGGUAAACGCAAUAGUGAAGGAUAUUAAACGUACCGCCUGUCCUCGUCUGUAAAACUAUCUAAAUCUGUAUUUUUAUGUUUAAAAGCUCAAGAAGAUAAGUCGGCACGGUUUGCUGACUAGGUGGCCAAAGACCCUACCGAUCGACUAGGACGGUCCGUUACCGACUAGUAUAAAGGGAACCUUCGUGCUUUUAUUCUAUUUUUAUGUGUGACUCUGCUACAAUUGUUAGAUAUCAUAUAAAGCGUGAAGUAAUAAAAUGCCUAUGAUAUAAUUACCUAUUCGAACCCAGUAGCUACAAAGCAUAGGUACCGUACUUGAUCGCCUUUGAGACAUCUUUGUUCCUCGUAUUCCCGCGUAGCGCUGAUGAAGAAUUUAGACGGAAGGUUUCGAAUGUCGAUGUGCCUUUUUCGUACUAACAGCAACCGAUUGACAAACACCGUUGUUUGUUAUUUUCUGUACUUAUAACAUUUAUAUUGUUUAUUUGUUGUGUUAAAUAUUUUCAUCUGGUAGGACCGGGCUAAACGUGAAAGUAGAAGUUUUCCUAUAUACUUGCAACAGGCAACAAACUGUUGUUAUGAUUAAUAGUGUCCAGUUAAUGCAUUACUAGGGCUACAGCGCCCAUGUACCUUAUAAAUGUUGUGUCGGAGCGCCGAGUGUCAAUGAGAUUCGAUCAUGUCCAUUAUAAAAACUGCAUACCCAAAAAUGUAUUUUUUAUUAUUUUAUUGUUAUUUCGACACAUCUAACUCUCGAUGUAAACAAAGAGAGAAUUUUUUGAGACUAAAGAUAUAACAGGUAAAUAGAAUCGGUAAAUAAAACCUGCUAACAGCCUUGCUUAUUAGAAGCCGGUAUGGUUAUUUGCUGCGACAUUCUCAAAAUAACCUUUAUUAUACUAACGUCAUGGCCCAGUAAUAUAUAUACACAAGGACAAUUGACAACAGCAGUUGUUUUUAGAAUGGAUUGCAUAUUAUUGAAGUUGCACGCGAACAAAUGUUGGCUGAAGUUACAAGUUACAUGCUGAAGACGAGCUUGACAUGUUGACGCGGGUACGGCCAACUUCUGGUUUAUUAGCUGGUAUAAAAAGAGUAAUAAUAAAGGAAAACGUGGGCAGAAUUCAUCUACUCGAGCGUUUUAUCAAGAAAUUACUAUGUAGGUUUUUAUACCUUUACCAGGAUACAGCUAGAUUCGAGUUUGGCUCGAGGAGCCUAAUUGGCAAAUCUCUCCUGGCAUCUGGGCAAUAGCUAGCUCAUUGUUAACGUUUGAGUAUAUAUUGACUGCAUAAAUAUAAAAAAUAUACUUUCGCCUUUGACUUGACCAUUCAAGUUCUUUGAAUUCAAAUGUGCGAUUACCUUAGU